AUGCUCGCAGCAAGAGCAAGCGGUAGCACAAUGCUCCCACCAGUUACGAAGAGCUGCGGCAGCCCAAGUGGCUUGAGCUUUCUCUGCAGUCUGCGUGGAGGCUUCAGCCAUCCUCGCGGCGCUGGACCUGCAAGGCGUGCGGUCUCGAGAGGAUCUGCAUGCUGCUGGUCUUGCACCUCUGCCGGCGGUGGCUUUGCGCUUAUUGCCCUGGGCCGCAGUGCAGCGCGUGCCAGGUGUCCGGCUCGUGACCUCGCGACCAGGGCUGUUGUACUCAACGCAACGCUAGAUCGCGUACCCGUCCUCUACCUCUCGGAUCCCUGCUCGCGAACCCAGCUUGCCGAGCGGAGGGACGACUGGAUGUGUGGGGAUGAGUGUUUGGUGGAUGAAGAGCAAGAGGGGAAGCACGCCGACAUUGCCGAUGCACCUGCAGCUGCAAGAGAGGUUGCCGAUGCCAUGAGAAACGCUGCGCCUGAUCUUCGGGACAUCCCAAUCUGCCUUUCUAGUGAAAGCAGCGAUGGUGGUGAGAUCAUAGUAAUAGGCGAUCCUGGUCCCGAUCCAAAGAAGGCCUGCCUCAAGGCAUUAGGCAUCCGCAAGAUGUGUGAGGACGAGACCAUCGGUGAGAAAAAAAUGUUGGCAGAUCCAGAGAUGAUCGGCGUGUGGACGGCAGCAUUUGUGGAGACGUUAAACAUGACGGACAAACUCCGUUGCGGUUUCAAUGAUGACGAUCCUGAGGAGGAGGAGGCGGAGGAGGCAGGCAACCAGAAGCAGAUUCUAGCGCUUACAAAGAUCAUGAGUGACAAGCUCCAAAAGCAUUUCCUGUUCAAUUUCAGCGACGAAAUUGUCACGGCUCCUGUGAUCUAUGGCGGAUAUGCCAGUGAUGGCUCCAUAGUUGGCGUGCUUUCGUCCCGCGUGUGGACAUGA